AUGGCAGUCAUCAACUUGACAUUCCUCCUUUCCAUCCUGCCCAGCGUUCUAGCAGCAACCCUCUAUGUCUCUCCCACAGGCUCAGACAGCGCCGCCGGAACCCUCGCCGCGCCCUUGAAGUCCAUCCAAGUCGCCAUUGACAAGGUCGCCGCUGGCGACACCAUCUACCUCCGUGGCGGAACCUACGCCGUCACCAAAAACAUCCAGGUCAAGAAAUCCGGCACAUCAUCUGCACCCAUCACCCUCUCCGCCUACCAAUCCGAAGUCCCCAUCAUCGAUGGCGAGGGCCUUCCUAACACUCCCGCCCCAGUCGGUGGAAGCAUUGCGGCGGCCGACCGUGGAAUCUUGCACAUCGAAAAGGCGAAUUUCUGGAAGUUCAUUGGUAUCGAGUUGAUCAAUGGUCCGUAUGGCGUGUAUGCCGAUAGCGUGAACGACAACCUGUUCGAGAGGCUUGUCACGAGGAACAACUACGAGACUGGCUUCCAAUUGCAGGGUGCUAGCUCUAACAACAAGAUCUAUUAUCUUGACAGCUACGGCAACCGUGAUCCCAGGAAGAAUGGCGAGAGUGCGGAUGGAUUCGCGUGUAAGGAGGGUACGGGCGAGGGUAACAUCCUGAAGGGAGCUCGUCUGUGGAACAAUGUUGACGAUGGUCUUGAUCUCUGGGAGUUCAAAUCCAAAGUCACCAUCAUCGACACCAUCUCCUGGGGCAAUGGCUUCAACCGCUGGAACUUCCCCGACUUCCAGGGCGACGGCAACGGCUUCAAGCUCGGCGGAGGCGACGAAGCCGACAAGAAAGCUGCCAACCACAACGUCUCCAACUGCAUCGCCUUCAGCAACGCCGCCAAGGGCUUCACUGACAACUCCCAGCCAGGGAACUUUGUCAUGCUGCGCAACACCGCGUGGAACAAUGCGCAGGUUGGUUUCCAGGUCAAGACUGCGGUCGCGACGCUGACCGGAAAUCUCGCGGCGGUGAACAUGAAGAGCACGAAGAAUGCGGAUCAGGUUAGCUUGAGCAGUGCGCAGAAGUUGAGCGGGAACAGCUGGAGUGCGAGUGCGACGUUGUCGAAUAGCUCGUUCAAGAGCGUUGAUGUGAGCCUUGUCCAGGGCAAGCGGGCGGCUAAUGGAAAGAUUGCGGCGAGUGACUUCUUGCUGAGGACUGAUGGCUCGGCUAUCGGUGCGACGACUCACUGGGCUUGAGUUUGAGUCUCGUAGGAGGAGGGGUUCUUUUCAUUGUAUAUAAUUAUUGUUCGAAAUCUAUCCAGACGUUCUUGAGUGAUAAAGGUGUUGUUAUGCGUUGGUCGUAGUGCACUUUUCUUAUGACCAUGUUGUCAAUCGACAAUUGUGAAGCGAUCAAAUUCAGGAAAGGUCCAGAUGUAAGCGGUCGAAUUUACGGAGAGACAUCUCCAAUGUGGCAUAGGGCAAAGUAUGUGUGGAGAAGACUUGACAGUGCCGUGACGCUAGUGGCGGGUAACCUGAUGAUUUGAGGUAUCAGAGAGAAGCAACGUGGUUUUCCCAGGGUCGAAAAUUGCUUUGAGAGGAUGUGCGAUAAUGCUUGUAUGUGCAUUUCGGUAGACGCCGCGCGGAGAGUAAUUGAG